ACGGCCGGUACCACCGCCGGCACCACCACGAGAUGCCCCUGCAGCGGCAUCCGCACCCGACGGAUCGCAGACGCGGCCGGUGGCUGGUGGCCCUCUCAAUGCGCAGCGCGGACCCUACGUUCAGAUGCCGACGCCGGGAUGUACGUCGUCGACGACGUCGUCGAUGACGACGUCGUUGGAUGUACCACACAUCCGGGGCUGCCCCGCUGGUCUGGAAUACCUGGCGCAGGUCGACCACCUGCUUGUCCACGAGAAGGUGCGGCUCCUGGAAACAAUCGUGGGGAUCGAGAUGAAGAACAAGUACGUCGUGAAGAACAGCAUGGGCCAGUUCGUCUUCACGGCGGCCGAGCAGAGCGACAUCUGCUGCCGCCACUGCUGCGGCAGCAGGCGGCCCUUCCAGAUGUCGCUGCUUGACUACCGCGACGUCGAAGUGUUGCGGCUUUCCCGGCCACUUCGCUGCGACUGCUGCCUCUGUUUUUGCUGCCUCCAGGCAUGUAUAUAUCGGCCAAAGUACUGUAAGGCUUGAGUUGUUCGG